CGCCCGGGCGGCGGGCGCUCGGCUGCCGGGGCUGUCUGGGAGGCCCCCGAGGACCAGACCUGAGCGAGCGCCGCUUCUCCGCCGCUGCCCCUCGGCACUGAGGCGGGCGGGAUCCCCUGCACCGCCCAGGAGCCACAGCCCUUCAAGGACAUGCUUCCAGGAGUAGCUCGCCAUUCAAAUAAAGAGUAUUGGGAAACGAUUUCCUGCCGUGCCCGCUGAGGGAUGCCAGCGUUUCACAGAAACACGGCUGUCGGGAUAGUCGCAGUGCUGUCACUGCAUCCUGACGGGGCUAACUCAGCUCUGCCACACCAGGUAUGUCCCGUGAAUGAAUAUAUCUGAAUAUGUAUAUUUGCUGUCAUCUUUUCUUUCGUAGUCAAAACUGGGACACUUGAUUAAUCUCUCUAGAAGCGGAUGGUGUACCUUGCAGUUAAUAGGAUCAUUUAAGUUCUGAGGACUGUUGCAUAUUUGAAUCAGUUUGUGAUUUUGAAGAAGAGAUUCAAAUGAACCUGCCACAAGUUUACCAAAAUCGGUGAAACCUGUGAUCCUUCGAAGUUUUGAGAACACUUCUUUUUUUGAGUGGAUCAGCUUUGGAAGGACUAAAAAGCAGAUGGAAAGGUGGUUAUGCCAAUUUAAUGAGAAAUUUUAGUGCAAAUUAUGCCUACAUGCUGUCAUUGAUGCUGUCCUUGUAAUUCAGGGUGAAACUUUAUGGACGUGGCUUCGCACACCUGAAUUUUUUUUCCUCUUUGGAAAAAUCCAGGCAGAGAUAACUAGAGCUGAAGUCUGUUGUGAAUGAUAAAGCUGCACAGGUCGAUUGUGUGCUCAAGAUGUGGACAGAAUGCCUGGGAAAAGGGAGAAAUUUAGCUGUUUAUCAUGGCAGAAUGUGGGAAACAUGACAGCAAAAACACUGUUUUCGUGUAACAUUGCAGCAGCAUUUUUUUCUUUAAUUAUUGCAAAGAAAUGUGAAGCCUAUGAUGUGAUGUUGAAGCAAAGUCUUGUGCCUGAUGGGCAGCCUCUUGCUAUUAAAUGUUCACUGGAAAAGAGCUUGGAAAAUGGAGACUACAACUUAACAUGGUAUAAAGUUGGUAACCAGAAACCUGUGCCUAGAGACAAACUGUCUAGACUUCAUCAGCAGAAGGAUUUAAUUUGGUUUCUUCCUGCAAUGUUAGAAGAUUCUGGAGAUUAUGAAUGUGUCAUAAGGAAUUUGACAAGCUUCACGAAAAUGCGUACAAAAGUAACAGUUUUUGAGAGGAUUGAUGGUUUAUGCUUAAAUGAAAAAUUUGCUGUAAAGGAGGUAAUAUUCACCUCAUCUUCUGCAAAGGCUGUGUGUCCCCACUUGGAUUUUUUCAGGAAAGAGAAGAAUAUUCACCCUGUUCGUUGGUAUAAGGACUGCCAGCUGCUGGAAGGAAAAAGGUUUGUUGUUUUAAACAGUGACCUUAUAAUUUUCAAUGUGACUGUAAAUGAUGGAGGAAACUAUACCUGUGAAACAACAUAUAUCUACAAUGGGAAGCAAUAUAACAUUUCACGAGACAUCAGUCUGAUUGUACAAUUGACCCCACCAAAAAAGCCUCCAGAGAUAACUUACCCAAGAAACAACUCCAUUGAAGUGGAACUCGGCUCACAGGUUACUGUGGAUUGCAAUACAACAGGUGCUGAUGGGUAUGACGUGUACUGGACAGGCAAUGAUAUGAGCAGAAUCUUUGCAAGUUCCUAUGAGGGAGAAACUUCUUAUGAUGGGCGCCCUAUGCAUUCUUUGAAGCUGAUAAUUUCAGAAGUGAGCAGUGAAGAUUAUGAACAGCCUUUUGUAUGUGAAGCUUCAAAUGCCUUUGGGCAAGUUGCAUCCUAUAUUAUAUUAAAACACAGAGUUUCUGACAUACGACGAUGGCUGACUGGAGGGCUUGUCUCUUUGUUAAUUUUAACAUUUAUCACUUUAAUAAUCUACAAAAUUUUCAAGAUUGAUUUGGUGCUUUGGUACCGUAAUUCUAUCUGUGCCCUUACAAGUGAGGAAGAUGGGAAGAUCUAUGAUGCGUAUGUCCUGUACACAGAAAGCAGUGAAGGCAGAAGUAUCUGUUGUCUGGAAACCUUUGUUCAUAGGAUACUCCCAGAUGUUUUAGAAAAACAAUGUGGAUAUAACCUUUUCAUAUUAGGAAGGGAUGAUUUACCAGGAGAAGCUGUGGUCAGUGUUGCUGAUGAAACCCUUAAGCAAAGCAGAAGACUGAUAAUAAUUUUGGGAUCAGAAACAUCUAGGUGCUGCCUGUUAGAAGACACCUCUGAGCAACAACUAGCUAUGUAUAAUGCUCUCAUCCGUGAUGGGAUUCAAGUGAUUCUUAUAGAAAUGGGUGAAAUACAGGACUACACAAACAUGCCAGAAUCAGUCAGAUACAUUAAGCAAAAACAUGGAGCUGUUCAAUGGAAAGGGGACUUCUCAGAGAAAUCUUGUUCAGCAAACACAAGAUUCUGGAAAAAUGUGCGCUAUCAAAUGCCAUCCAGGAAAAAGGUAUCUUAUUCUGAAGUGCAUUUGUUGCCCCUAACUUCGAACAGUCCUGCGGCAAAGGGAAGUUAAGAAACACUUAUAUAAAUCAUAUGAAGAACUUUAUACUACAAAGUAGAUGUUUUCUUUGAGGAGUAGAAACUGUUCAUCCCUUCCAUAAAUUACACCCUAAAAGAAAAAACUCAGUGCAACUUUAUUUCUGUUGCGGGUUUUGGAUAGUGAUGCAAUUUGUUGUGUUUGUCUCUUUCAAAUAUUAUGAGUAAACAUGGUGAUGGUGGAUAGGCUAUUAAGUAGCUAUGGUCCACAUAAAUGCUGUAUGAAGAAAGAGGUGUGAAGUCCAUUUUUAAAAAAUGAAAACUGCAGUUGAUAAAUUAAAAGCCUGUUUGUGUCAUUAG